AUGAAGCUCUACACGACCCUCAACGUUACCCUUGUCGCCAUCACCGUGAUCACCAUGCUGUCAGCCUCAGCAGCGCCGAUGCUCGCCAGAUCUCUCCCUAUCAUCCCCGAGCAGAACGAAAACGUUGCUGUUUGGUGGAAAAAUUACAUGCUUCUUCACUCUAAGAAGGACCCGCCCAUCCCAGAUCAAAUCGACGGGUUGAAUGACGAAGAUCUUGGAUUUCACUUCAAACCAUUCAGCCGACGAGUUGCUCAGCUCGAUCACUUGAAGACCUGGGCUCUGGCAAACCCAGAAACGCAUAGGGCAUUGACCGGAGGCCAGCGGGAGGUGUUGAAAAGACCGUUCUUUGGAUGGGACAGUCAAGCGCUUAAAAGCGAUAAACUGGAUUCUGUGUCCCUGCACAGUAGGCUGGGGGUGGAGAAGACCUUUGUAGCGGAUGUUGAGAGCAUCUUGUACGAUCUGGCAAAGCAUUUGCCCGAUCUAUCGCCACGACCCUAA